AUGGCGCCUCAAAUCGUCCUCAUGACCGGUUGUUCGGCCGGAAUCGGUCUCGCCAUGGUUCAACGUCUCGCUCGAGACCCCGAUCAGCGAUUCAUCAUCAUUGCCACGGUGAUUUCGAUGUCGGAGAAGAACGAUCUCGAGGACGCGGUCAAGGACGACAUUGACAGUAAAGUUUUCAUCAAAGAGUUGGACAUCACAAACGAUAGAAACAUCGCUGAGGUGGUCGCAGACGUCAUCAACAGUCACGGUCGCAUUGAUGUAUUAUUUAACAUCGCUGGAAUGAGCUUUGUAGGGAUUCCCGAAAGAGUCCCGCGGGAACAGAUCGACCGUAUUUUCAGUGUGAAUGUGACGGGGACUAUCAGACUUACCCAGGCAGUCCUUGCCCACAUGAAGAAGCGACGAUCCGGAAAGAUUAUCACCUUUUCAAGCUUCGCAGGUAGAAUUGUUCGAACACCAUCUAUAACCAGGGAUAAUGUCUUUAUUCACAGAGUCUGCUUGAUCGAACCAAAGGAGGUCAACACAGGCCUUUGGGACGGAAUGAAACAAGACAUGGAAUUAUUGGCAAACGAUGAAACUACCUCGGACGUUGAUCGCCGUCAACUACGUAUUACCCUGGCUCGAUCACGUGAAGGCGCUGCUCUAACUGUAAACGACGUCGUAGAUGCUGUGAUGACGAAUUGCUUGGACGUCGAUAAACCAGUGCUCAGACACCUGAUCGCUGGAGAAACAAAUGAUCUUAUUCAGAAAACUGCUUUGGAUUUGACUGGAGAAGCUGGUAUUGAUGCUUUAGGUUUCAAGAAUCUCCGCGACCAUAGCAAUAAUUCCCAAUAA